AUGUCGUCGUCGUUCGACCCAUACGACUGGGCCUCAUUUUACUUUGGAAAAAUGGGUCGUGAAGAAGCCGCUCGCCUGCUGUCGGAUCCU